UUUUUCGGUUUUCUGACUUACAUCCGGGGAAUGCACAGACAAGUGAGAAGAGAUUUUAGCAUAUUAAUUAUCCUCUGCCUUUUUUGUUUAUUUUGCGUGUUUGGAUUAGUUCUCACAAAUCUUAACACUGGCAAAUCAACGAUCUUCAGACGAGUAUGUGAAAAAUCCACGCAGAGGAUACAGGAAGUUGAACCCAUUUUUAUGUGUUGGAAAAAUGGGCAACUCCAAGUCCUCGAAGUCAACUAGGUAUUUUGACGAUGACAUGCCAACACUCAAGUCACUGGAAAUGCCCCAGAAGGAACGUGACCUUCACCUUGCUGUCAUGGCUAAUGACAGGGAAGGGGUCAAGUUGUGCAUCAGUCAUGGAGCUGACAUCAAUUAUCCAUGGAGUAAUCCCUUGAUACCAAGCAUCAAGGACAGCACCACCCCACUGCUGGCAGCCGUGUCUCUAAAUCAUGUGGAGAUUACAGAGAUUCUGAUAAAGGCUGGAGCUGACAUUAAUCUGACUGACAGAAACAGUUGCUCCCCUUUGUACAAAGCUGCAUUUCAUGGUCGGCCUGUCCUCAUAGAAAUGCUGCUUGAAGCAGGAGCAAACAUCAAUCAGGCUGAUAAGGAGGGACAGACUCCAUUGUAUAUCUGUGUUCAGAAUGCCUUUGUACACUCAAGUUACACAGCAGUGGAAUGUUUGCUGUCUGCUGGGGCCUCUAUAAAUAGGUGUGACAACUCCGGACGAUACCCAAUACAUGUAGCGGCUCACUGGAAGCUAAAAGACAUGAUCCGGAUUUUACUGAACGUGAACAGUGAUGUGAACAAGUUAGACAAUCACGGCCGAACACCACUAUACGUGUGUGUCAGUUCUCUCAGUACUGGUCUGUAUAAAGAAGACCUGAAAUACCAGGUGCCCUGUAUUAAGGUUCUGUAUGCAGCCGGCUGUGAUAUGUUGAAUCUCGUGGACUGGCUCAAAUGGAAGGGUCCAGGAAUUCCCCUGGAGCUAAUGAGAGAUGACCCCAAUUUCUUGAUGUGGUAUAAAAAGAACAUGAACUCCCCCCAUUCGCUGAUGAACUUGUGUCGUAAAGUGAUUCAACAGAGACUUAGCAGAAAGAGGAAGUUGUUCGAGCAGACGCGUCGACUUCCUGUUCCACCCAAAAUGAAGGUUUAUCUUUCUCGGAUCAUGUUCUAUCUGCCAGCUUAUGAUCCGGAGUCGGAUCCAGAAUCACUGGAUUAGGCUAUGUUACAUGUUCUGGAGACACUACACCUCCUGCAUCCGAGCUGAGAAUCCAGUUGAUACCAGCUUAUAAUGCUGUCUGUGUAGAGUUUUGACAAUUUUAUAAAACAGAUUUAAGGGCUAUUAUGGUAUAUUGCCAAGUGGUGUUAUACAGUGAAAUUCUAUACUGCGAUCAGCAACAGCAAAAUUCUGUACUGCGAUCAGCAACAGCAAAUUUCUGUACUGCGAUCAGCAACAGCAAAUUUCUGUACUGCGAUCGUCAUCAACCAGUAAAGCUUUAUAAUUUUCUGUGGCUUAGAAUUUAAAAUCUAUAGUAUCUUUUUCUUCUCCAUUGUAAAGAAGUCAUAUAAAAUGUAGUUUAUAUGAUCACUCAAUUCUAUACAUUUAUCAAGUACAUAAAAACGAAUGGGGAAAAGAACAUUUAUGUAAUUUUGUUUCUUCGGAUUAAAUAUUUUUAAAAAUCUGUUCAUGAUGGAGGAACAAUCUUAUAAUGAAUUCUCCUUGAUUAGAUUUUUUAACUUUCAAAAAUAAUUUUUUUUAUUGACCACUUAAGCACACACUCACAUAGUUUGCCCUCACUUCUCUCUCGCACACUCACAAUCAUACAGCUCAAUUCUAAGUUGCUAUACUUCCAUGAUAUAGUACAAACGUACAUAGUUGAAUUGGACAGAGGAGAAUCGUGUUGUUCGGGAGGAAUAACACACCAGAGAAAUCUGAUACGGAGGGAAAAUGGAGGAUAAGUACUACAAAAUUUUGAAAUUAAAAACUUUUAAAGUUACCUGAUUUAGAUUAAAAAAAACAAAACAAAAAAAACAUGCCGUUUUAGUAGAAAGUAAUCUGAAGAAAAAAAAUCAAAACUACAUCUAGGUGUGAACGCAUGUACUACAGAUCAACAGUCGACACAUUUACUGAGUGCCCAGCAGUCGACACAUUUACUGAGUGCCCAGCAGUCGACACAUUUGCUGAGUGCAGGAAUAAACAUGUACUGCUGAUAUUUAUAUUUGCAUUCAAAGUUUUAAAAGGAAGUCGGACGUUAAGAUGUAUUAUUCCUCCUAAACAGUAACUCCUGACGCUAAGUGACUUUCCUCAAAUAUUGUAUUUUAAAAAAGGUCAGGAAAGGGACUUGUCCUAUAUAUGCUGCAAGGCCUGCCAAAGUUAAUUAUCUGGUCUCUGUUAUAUCUGGUUGAUUAAUGAAUGUUGAUUGUUACAUUUGUACAAAUGUAGUGUUUUCAUGACUGUUUUGAAAUACCACUAUAUCAUAUUGAAUGUAUUCAAACAUACGGUAAGCUAAGUAAGUAUAUAUCUGUCUGUGUUCCUGUACACUCUGUCCGUGUUCUGAAAUUUUGUGCACAUCUGUCCGUGCUCAGAAAUUUUGUACACAUCUGUCCGUGCUCAGAAAUUUUGUACACAUCUGUUCAUGUUCAGGAAUUUUGCACACAUCUGUCUGUGUUCAGAAGUGAAGUCAUAGAUCUGCAGUAGUUUUGUGUUUGUUUACUUUCCAUUAAAAUUUGUGACUACUUUAAAUUAUUUGAUUUGUAAAAUUGAAGAGGCCAUUUUGGUGUUUCUAUUAACAAUCUGCAUUCUAAGUAAAAAUUUCCUUUACUGAUAUUGACAUUCCCAAAGUUCAUAUCUUAAUUGAAAUGCUACAGAUUUUGUGAUAACCUUUCUUGUCAAAAUUUUUUCGGAAGUGCUCCUGUAGAAAGGAAUUAGUAUCCAUAUGAGAUUUGUGUGUCUCUCUUUGAACAUAGAGAUGUUCUACCAUCACCAAGAGAGAGACAGUCUACCUUAAUAUUCUACCAUAACUAAUAAGAGAUGUUCUAGGUUAAAACAAAAGUUAAAUUGCUAAACCUUAAAGUAUUGGUAAGUUGUAUUCAAAACAGAUUUUAGUAACAUGUCUCAGUUUUAAGAUUUGUUAUGAUAUUUUAGUUUUAUACAACUUGAAUGCUAACCUGAUAUGUUUCAGUUUUAUUCUUGGGUAGUUAUGUUUUUUACAUUCCAUAAUCUAUCUAUUCAUUUCUGAAUUGUUUUAAAUUGUGUGGAUUGUAUUUUGUCCCCAUCUUCAACUAUACAGUUUGUGAAAGAUUUUGUUUUCCAGUAAAGAGCUGCAUAAAAAAUAUCAACUUUGAUUUUAACAUUGUCAAUUGAUACUGAUACCUACUGCAGUGAACCUUUUUUUUUUUUUUUUUUGUCUCCAUGCAAAUUAUAUACAUGAUCAAUGGAAAAUCCGUUGUUCUCGACCCUGAAAUUUUAUGAGACUGCAAUUCAUUUUCAAGUAUGAGCCCACAACACAGAUUAGGCAGGAUAAACAAACUUUGCUUUGGUUAGAUUUUUAGAGGGUAAAGUUUUGAAAAAUGUUUAAAAACAGCUGGACUGUUGGUAAAACAUUUUUCAGACCAUGGGUUUACGGGUUUAAGGGCUGGUCCUGAUACCCGUCGGACAGAAUGAUAUAGGUAUAUGACUUGCACAGACAUGCUUUAUAGGCUGGGCUUAUAAAGUAUAGAGGUGUCAUUACAGGGGGGGGGGGGGGGGGUAAAGCAGGGAGCAGUAAUUGCUGAGGUUGUAAACUAGGGAGCAGUCAUUGUUGGUAUAUUGUUCCUGAGGUAGAUACCCAUAAUGCUAACAUAGAAAUAUAUAUUUCCUUUUCCAGUCUUUUGAUAAUAGUUUAUACUUCUAACAUUUUUGGGUAAAUUUACCAAAUAAGGCCACUUUAUAAUACUAUUGUGGAAUUUUAUGUGAGCAGAGUAAAUUCAGAUUUGCAGAACUUGAAAACACAUGGCACACCUGUUUAAGUGAUUUUCACAUCUAAGGUAUAUUGUGUGAUACGUUUUAUGAUUUUUGACUGUAUGUCUGCCAAUGUUAUGAAAUUACCAACUUGUUCUUGUCAACUUAGACAUUUUCAAACUACAUAUUCUUACUUUAGAAGAUGAAUGAUAAUGAACAAAUUACUGGUACCUGUAAUUGUUUCACUCUAUUAACAUGUGAACACAAGCAAUAUAGACUGAAACAAGCAGAAGACAUUUCGUACUUAUUUGGUGUUUUUGUAGAAGUAUGUGUGACACUCGGUUGUCAUGGAGUCUCUGAAUGUUUUUUUGUAUGGUGUUGACAUCAUUCAAAUUGUAUGUGGUUCAUCAUGGUAUGAACUUGGUGUAUGCAUUUUAUGUGCAAGUGACAAAUCUGGAGCUGGUAGCUUGACUCCUCUAGCAGUAAGCUUACUACCAUAGACUUAGAGCAGAUUGCUGUCUUUUGGAUUUUAGAUUAAUUCUAAGGAUUUUUCUUGGUGUGUUACUAAAGAUUUUCUUACCUCAAAUAUUUUUUUCAUUUACAAAAAUAUUGUCAUUUUUUACAGAUAAUAAUUUUCCCCAGCAGUGUACGUUUUCUAUUUAAUGCACAUUUUACGGAUAUCUUUGUAUAUUAAGCUUUUUUGACAUGUAAGAUGCAUUUCAGAAUUUUUCUUGGUGUGUUGCUAAAGAUUUUCUUAACAUGAAUAUCUUUUCUUCUUUGCAAAACUACUGUUAACUUUUCAAGAUAAUUGUUUUCUAUUUAUAGCAUGCAUAUUUAUUUCUGGUUUUGUAUGUUUUCUAUUUAUAGCUUGCAUACUUUUUUCCGGUUUUGUAUGUUUUCUAUUUAUAGCAUGCAUACUUUUCCGGUUUUGUAUGUUUUCUAUUUAUAGCAUGCAUACUUUUUUCAAUUUAAUGACACUUGCUACAAACAAAAUUUGAAAAACAAGGGGUAAAAAUCAAAAUUUGAUAUUUGGUUUUUAUUUUAUAAGAAAAUGAAUAUCGUCGACUGACCAUUUUCGGUGACCUUAGUGAUAAACCACGAUUUUCUCAUCAGUCACUUAGAUUAAAUAAAUAGACAAGACAUCUACCUUUAAAGUAAUUAAAUUCCUUUACUUUGAUCGGAAAAUUCCAAAUCCAUUGGUACGUUAAUUGAAUAGAUUUUUGUAAUAAAAAACAUGUCACUUUGUGCUCCUAAAAUGUUGACGUCACCUAUUUCGGUGACCAUUGUUAAUAUAGGUUUAUCAAAAGUUUGUAACUGUUAAAACGUAUAUACAGGAGGAAUGUGCAACUAAAUGUCAAUUGAUAAAAUAACAUUGUGUAGAAUUCUAGACUUUUGGUAUGCUUUAUAUUAAUUUGAAGGUUUGCUUGAAAAAGUAAUAAGUAAAUGGGCUUAUUUUUGGGGUGCCCAUGUUGAUUUUUUGCAUACUCUCCUUCGAGUAGUUCAUUUUCAGAAAAAAAUUGAAGACGUGCUCUGUGUAUGUUUACCAACACUGGCGAAAUUGAUGACAUAAUCAACACCUGGAAACGACAACGCGCACAUGUAAACAAAAGGUCACCGAUUCUGGUCAGUCACUGAAAUAGGGCAGUCAAUGAUACAAUUUAUGAUGUGGAGUGUAGUUCAUUUCCAUGAUUUCUCAAUUAAGUCCAAAACAGGGGUAAAAUUUGUAUAGAGUUAUUCAUGUAUUUUCAUUCAAACUUUACAAAUUUACAAGUUUAACAGGAAUUUAAGAUUUGUAUUUAUCACAAUCAAACUACAGAAUGUAAGCCAAAUAAUGUAUACUAGAAUCAACCCAUGCAUCCAUUGUUUUGUUUGUAUCGAGUGUCCUUAAAGCGUGAGUUGUUUAUGUGUUUGUGAAGCUUUUGUGAGUUGUGAGACGCAGUGAUUACAUGUUCAGAUAAUGCCUGUCGUAUUUGUCGUAUCCCAUCUUAUACUGAAGUCAGAAUAGUACUACAGUGUUGUAUGGUACUGUGGUACUAGUACACAGUGUAGAAUGCAGGUAUUAACUGGAAACAACUGCUACUUCUUCAUGUGGAUUACAAACAUGUGCAUACCAUAUUGGAUUUACUGUAGGUAUGUUUACUAGCAUUAUUUUGUCAGGGCUUCUUUGUUAAGUCUGAAUAUUGUAUUAUUUUGGAAAUAGUGUUGGAAGGGGGGUGUAACUAGGUAAAAGAAUAUUUAGGUCAGAGACGAGCUUCAGUAUGCAAGUCAAAAACUGGUGUAAAUUUAUUCUUCAAAGAAAUUAAUUCUCGGAUAAUUUAUUGGAAUUGCAUGUUUUGAUUAUUUCAUGCAUAUCUAGAUUUGGGGACUAUAGUUUUAAAAUACAUUAUUUUUAUAUACUUUACUUAAUCAGAAGGGGGGAGGGGGUUCCAUGCAUACAUUUUGAUUAAUUCUGUCUUUCUCAUGGCAGGCCCAUUGACAUUUGAUGUGUCUGAAUGUAUGCAUUGUGAUUGUAUAUUUAUACUGUUUAUGUUUAUCUCAGUCUCUCUGUAUCCAUUCAUCCAUAGAGCUGUUGUGUGUUUUUACUAUUUGGCCCUUGGAUUUUUCCAUCAGUCGAUGUUUCCGUUUGUGUCCAACAUCGGUAUGUCUGAAGUCUGUUUGUGUGAUUAUAGAAGUGACAUUGUUGUUGACGUAAUUCUUGCAAACUUAAUAAAAUUGUGUCCUCAGAAA